UUGGCCGGGCGGCAACCACGUCGAGGCCGGCGGGGACGCGGGCGUUUAGGAAGCCUCCCGGGCCGCUGGGACGAACGCGGGCGGGUUACCGACGGGCGAGGAGCGCGCUUCCAAGAGGGACAGGCGGGAAAUGGACUGGUUGUGGGUACAGGGAUGCCUGUUGAGAGGGUGACUCGUCGUGUGUGUGUGUGUGUGUGUGUGUAAGGGGCCAGCGUGCAACGGGAGGCACCAAACGCAGCAGAUGGCACGAAUCUCGGUAGGAAGAAAAGUUUCUUGCAAGGCGACCCCCACCCCCAAGGCUUUGCCCAGAGCUAUUCCACGCAAGACACCCACACACGUUCAGUGUCUAGAUGUGCAGUCCUGGGUGCUGCUGUGAGGUUGCAGGAAUGUCGAGCGGGUCGAGGCGCGGCUCAACAGGUAUCACGGCUCAACACGCACAAGUCACAGGACUUUCACCUUUAAGGUCCUGCAACAGGUGAAGAACUGGCGAUGCACAUUAGGUGUCCCUAAGAUUAUGCAGCAGUCCUGAUGGAUCAGUGGUUGGGAAAAUGGGUUCCCUGACCAAAGACUUUAUUUUAUCUUUAAUCAGGGUGGGAAGGAAUGUGGAGGAAAGGAAUUGGGGAGGGAUCACCAGCUCAACUAUUGCAAAGCAGCCCUAAGCGGUUGUAACAGUCGGUGGAGUGUGAAACUCUUAAUCUCAGGGUCCGGUUUGAGCCUCACAUUUGGCAGAAAGAUUCCUGCAUUGCAGGCGGAUGGACUAGAUGACGCUCGGGGGUCCCUUCCAACUCUACAAUUCUAGGAUUCUAACUGAAAUGCAUAUUUAUUUUAUUGAGCAAGAUUUAUAUAUCACUUAAUCAACAAAAGCCUGUCCAUUAAAAUUAUUCAUUAAAAAUACCAAUUAAAAAAAAACCCACGUCGACAUGAAAUAUAUCAACAUCCAAAUUAAUCACUUUAUUUAUUCAUGUACCUCUUCUUGUUCCAUUCCUCUCCCGCCUUGGAAAUUUAUUUAUUUAUCUUGUUUAUUUAGAUUUGUAUGUUUCUUGAGGCAGGGACCUGCCUUGUUGUUUCUUAGUAUUAUAAUUGUUCAUCCUCACAACAACCCUGUGAGGCAGGAGAGGCUGAGAGGCAGUAAUUGGUCCAAAGUCACCCAGUGAGCUCCAUGGCCAAGCGGGGAUUUGAACCCUAGCCCCCCAGGUGUGAGUCACAGCACUUUAAUCACUACACCACACUGUCUUUAAUGGUCCUAUUAGAGAGCAUCCAGUCAACAUUUACAUAGUAGGUAUAAAAAUUAUUAGGCGUUGCCAGGAUUUUUGUUGGGGGGGGCAGGACUUUUGGGGGGACAGAACUGAUGUGAUUCGUCAGCUAGUUAUUCUUAUUGUUCUAUUUGAUGGGGGAGCUGCCCCCCUGCCCCCAUCAUAUACGCCCAGUGCUUUUUUUUCCUAAAAAAAUGUUUAGGGGUACUCUCAUUUUCCUACUCAUAUUGAAAUACUGCCCCUCAAUGAGGCCAAACUUAGAUUCACAAAAUGUUUAGGGAUAUGCUUGCUCCUGCACACCCCCCCCAAAAAAAACCCACUGUCUACACGCCCAUGCAGCAGGUCUACAUAGGCUGGGUUAGGGCACAUGGAGGGAGGAAUUAAGAGAGUGGAUUGGGAACUAUGUCCUUGAGAUGCGAGAUAGAGAAUGUUUGGGAAAGAGGUGAUGCUUGGGCCUAGGGCUGAAAUCCUGUACAGUACCUGGAAAUGGUGAACCCCAUUGAGAAUUGGUGAACUUAUUUCUGAGUUAAACACGCAUAGGAAUCCAUUGUUAAGUCCGCUCAUUAUUAAACACACGCUUUACAACUGGAAGCUCUGGUUCCAUCCUGAUUCCAAAUUGGGGGUGUCUGAUCAGUAAUGGGGCUGCUCUUUCGGUGGCAGAUCCUAUGCCCUGGAGGACACUUGGCAUCCUGACUUGGGCGAGCCUUUUGGCAUCAUGCACUGCGUGGUCUGCUCCUGCGAGCCCCAGAGGAAUCGUCGUGGGAAGCCGACAGGCAAAGUCAGCUGUAAGAACAUUAAGCAUGACUGCCCCACCCCUCCUUGCAAUGAUGCCAUCCUGCUUCCAGGACACUGCUGCAAAACCUGUCCGAAGGCCGCUCCCAGCAUCCCAGAGAAGAGACCUGAGCCACUGUUUGACAACUUUGAGUACUUACAGGAUAAGGAAGAUGACUUACAUAGGAAUUACAAUGACCGUGCCUACCUAAGUUCUGAGGAUUUGGUCCGAGAUGACAGCCGCAUAGAUUUUGUGUCCUUGCUAACCAGCGGCUCAGAGACCCAGGCACCCGUGUCCAGCGCAGUGGCAAAAGCCAGGUUCACUCUUGUGCGUUCUCACCUCCUCUUCUCAAUCAACUAUGAGAGGCUGGGUCAGCCAAGCCGAGUCCGUUUCACAGACGCUGGCGGGACUGUCCUCUUUGAGCAUCCUGUGCAAAAGGGCCCCUCCCCCCAGGAUAACAUGAUCUGUGGCGUCUGGCGAAACCUGCAAAAAUCUUUGACCCGGCAGUUGAAGGUUGACCAGCUGCACAUUUCCCUGGUCACCAAGUCGCACCCUGAGGGCGAGAUACGAGGCAAAAUCAUCAAGCACCGGGCCCUCCUUGCAGAAACAUUCAGUGCCAUCCUGACAUCCGUCGACGCAACCCACCUUGGCAUGGGGGCCAUUGCUAUGCUCACCCUGAGUGACGCGGAGAACAACCUACAUUUUGUCCUUGUCACCAAAGGGCUUCUGGAGCCAGCAGAGAAAAAAUCCUCCUGGCUCCCCCUGAGGGUGCAGAUCCUUCACCAGGACAGGGUCCUGAGAGAGGUGCUGGCCAAUGUCUCCUGGCAGGACCCCGACUUUGCAGAGGUGCUGUCUGGCCUGGCAGCUCGAGAAAUGCUGUGGCUGGCACAAGGGCAGCUGGAGAUCGCCGCAGAGGUGGAGGGCAGGUUGCGCCGUAAAAUUGCUGGCCGGAUCACUACCAGAAAAAGCUGUGACACUAUCCAGAGUGUGCUCUGUGGAGGAGACGCCUUGACGCCCACCCAGACGGGGGCUGUGGGCUCUGCCAAGCUCACGCUGCAUGAGAACGGGACUUUGGAGUAUCAGGUCCAGGUGGCCGGAACAAGAAGUGAAGUGAUUGGCGUCACGCUGGAGACCAAACCUCGCAGAAGGAAUAAGCGCAACAUCGUGUUCGACAUGACACCCAGCUACGAGGAUGGAACGGCCAGCGGGACCUGGGAGCAAGCGAAUGGGCGCGACGCCCACAUGUUGCUGCAGAACGAGCUCUUCCUGAAUGUGGCCACCAGGGAUUUUGAAGAAGGGGAGCUGCGCGGGCAGAUCACCAGCCUCCUGUACAGUGGACUGCCAGCCCGGCACGAAGAGCUUCCUGUCCCACUGGCCGGCCAAUUUGUGUCCCCUCCUGUGCGCACUGGAUCUGCUGGGCAUGCCUGGGUAUCCCUGGACGACCACUGCCACCUGCACUACGAGAUCAUAGUAGCUGGCCUUGGCAAGGCGGACGACGGCACCGUCAGCGCUCACCUUCACGGCUUUGCGGAGCUGGGCGAGCUCCGGGAGAGCAGUCUGCGGGAGCACAAGCGACUGCUGCGGGGCUUCUAUGGCACAGAGGCUCAAGGAGUAGUGAAGGACCUGGAUGAGGAGCUCCUCCGGCAUUUGGCUCAGGGCACAGCCUUCCUGCAAGUCAGCACUAAAGCGAACCCACGAGGGGAGAUGCGGGGCAAGGUACACAUUCCCAACCACUGUGAGGCGGGCGGCAUUCGGCUGGCUCCAGAGGACCCUGAGGAUGAGCUUCCAGGGGAUCCAAAGCCCAGGGACCCUGAAGAGCUGAAGAAAGACCCCAGCUCCUGCUACUUUGAAGGGCAGCACCGGCCCCAUGGCUCCCGCUGGGCCCCAGAGUAUGACAAGAAAUGCUCCGUAUGCAGCUGCCAGAAGCGCACUGUUAUCUGUGACCCUGUCCUGUGCCCAACACUCAACUGCACGCGGCUGGUGCACCUGAGAGAUCGUUGCUGUCCUGUGUGCGAAGAGGAGAAAGAAACCCCAGGAGGACCAAGAGCUGCUGAGCGAGCCCAAGACAGCAGCGAAGGCUGUUACUUUGAGGGCGACAAGACGUGGCGAGGAGCAGGCACACACUGGCACCCCGUGGUCCCUCCCUUUGGCCUCAUUAAAUGUGCCAUCUGCACCUGCAAGGGAGCCACGGGGGAAGUUCACUGUGAGAAGGUCCAGUGCCCUCACCUGACCUGCAGCAACCCCAUCCGGGCCAACCCAUCGGACUGCUGCAAGCAAUGCCCAGCCCCAGAGAGGAGUCCCUCCACCCUCUCUGACAUGAUGCAAGCAGACGGGCCCAGGGCCUGCAAGUUUGGGCGGCAGUGGUACUUGCACAACGAGAGCUGGCACCCCACCGUGCCCCCCUUUGGGGAGAUGAAAUGCAUCACCUGCUGGUGUCUGUCUGGGGAGACUCACUGCCAGCGCCAAGAAUGCUCUCCUGCCUCUUGCUCUGGAGGGGAGAAAACAGAGGACAGCUGCUGCUCCAAAUGCCACGCACCAGAUGACACUCAGGAGAUGCCACGAGAGGAAGCUAAGGAUUCCUGGGGACACUAGCUGGCUGGCUGGACCAGGGAGCCCAGAUGUCACGGUGGGCACUGCCAAGUGCUGGUAGAGCUGAAGAACAGGGCAUUUUGCAGCUGGCGCUUCGCAAGACCUCCCCAAACCCCUCCAUGUUGUGUUGGCUUCCUAAGUCAACAGAGGAGAGGGGGCGACUUCUGCUCUCGCCCCAGAAUGAGCAGCCAUCCUUUGGAGUGCCUGGCACCCUCUUGGCUCUCUGCUCCCUGCCUGGCACCAGCCUGACUGUCAUAUAUAUUUUGGACUGGCAUCCGUGAAAGGAGAUGGGGGAUCCACAAACCUCUUGGGGACUACAGGUGGAUAUCAAGCAAGGCUAUAAUUGCAAUGGAGAGGUGUGUGUGGCAUCAUCUGCUGGGACUCCAACAAAUUCAAAGAGUGCAGUGCCUCCAUCCAAUUGUUUCAGAUGGCUUCAUGUCUUCAGUACGUCUUACAUGGCCCACCCACCUGCCCAUGAGAAGUGCCCACCCCCCAGACCAGCCUGUAUAUGGUGUAAAAUUGUCACCCUCUGAUGCAUUUCUUUGGGGUCUGUUGUUGGGAAGGACUUGUUGUGUAAUUUAUGGUUUCCACGGGAAAGUUUCUGUUUGUUCCCCGCUCAUCGCAAUGCGGGAGGAUUGUUACGGGAGAUGAUGUAUUUAUUAAAAAAAAAAAGAAUCAGUGGAGAAAAGCUAGUUAGCUUUGGCAAGUGUUUUUGCGAUUUCCCACCCUAUCCCAAAGGUGUUUCUGUUGACUCGGACCAAUGGCUUCAAGUUACAAUGAAGGAGAUUCUGACUCAAUGCCAGGAAGAACAUUCCGGCAGUAAGAGCUGUUCGACAGGGGAACGGUCUCCCUCGGAAGGUGGUGGACUCUCCUUCCUUGGAGGGUUUAAAGCAGAGGUUGGAUGGCCGUCUGUCAUUGAUCCUUUAGUUGAGAUUCCUGCAAUGCAGGGGGUUGGACUAGAUGACCCUUGGGUCCCUUCCAACUCUAUAAUUCUAUGAUUCUUCAUAUUGCACUCUUGGGCGCGGUCGGAGUAGAGCGCUGCUCUUACAAGAAGAACCUGCCGGAUCAGGCCAAUGGUCCAUCUAGUCAACCAUCUUGUUCUCAUGGCAACUAACCAGACGCUUGUGGGAAACGCACAAACAGGACCCGAGUUCAAGAGCUCUCUUUAUUGCUGUCGUUUCUAGGAACUGGUAUUCAGAAGCAUUUACUGCCUCUGGCCAUCAAGGCAGAGAGUCAGGAUGACGAGUAGCCACUGAUAGCUUUUGGCAUCGUGAAUUUGUCUUUUAAAGCCAUUCAAGUUGGUGGCCACCCCUGCCUCCUGUGGGAGGGAGUUCCAAAGGUUCUGUGCUGUAUGAAUAAGUCCUUUUUAAAAUCUGUCUUAAAUCUCCCGAUGUUUGGCUUCAUUGAAUGUCCAUUCACAGAGUGUUUGUUGUGGGGGAGGAAGGGAAAGGAGAAUGUUAGCCGCUUUGAGACUCCUUAGGGUAGUGAUAAAGCGGGAUAUCAAAUCCAAACUCUUCUUCUUCUCUCAGGGCUCAUCCAUAAUUUCCAGGAAUGGGACCAAGAGGUUUUCCCUUUGUCCUACCACUUACCUACGGAAACCCCCUGCUGUUUACCACUGAAUCUGAACAAACAUCAGCUGGGUUUUCUGCAGAUCAACCUUUGUUCCAAUUUAGUAGUAAACAACGGGUUUUCCCAAGGAAAGUGACAGGUUGGGCCAUAGUGUGUGUAUAGGGGGGGGGGGGAACUGCUGGGGCAAUCUUCCCUGGGAGCGUUUUCCGGGGGGUGCACCACUCACUCUGUCCUCCCCGAGCCAGCCCUGCACCGCUUUGUGAGGCUGGGAUCUGAUCAGACUUGGGGAGGGUGGCAUGAGAAGGCCGUCGUCCUGCACCCUUUGAGCCUCACCUUCGAGGGGCUGGGAUUGAAGAGCGUGUUGCUGUUGUGCCCUUCUCAUGCCGCCUUCCCCAAGCCUGACCAAAUCCCAGCCUCACCAAGCAGCUCAGGGCUGGUGUGUCACUCCAGCGGUGUUGAACCUCUCCAACCCAUGCCUAGAAAUUACAGGGCAAACAGGAGUGUGGAUGAGUCCUCAUCUUUUUCUUGAACUUAAAAGUCCUAAGCGCUGCAACCAUCAUUUGGGUGGCCCUUUGCUGAACCUUUUCCAGCUCUGCAAUGGGUUUUUUUUUAAUCUGCAUCUGUUGUGGACAGUGAUAGCUUGCAAUUCCGUAGCAGCAAGCCAAGCUGUGUGCCACCCUCCGUUGCUUUUGCAGCUCUCUAAUUCCUUGUCCUGAGUUGCGCUAGCUCAACUUAACACAGGGGUUCUCAAACUUUUUUCUCUGGGCCACACUUUCAUAAUGAAAACAAAUGAUUAUUGACAAGGUAAAGGGUAGAGGUAAAGGACCCCUGGAUGGUUAAGUCCAGUCGAAUUUGACUACGGGGUGCGGCGCUCAUCUCCAUUUUCAGGCCAAGGGAGCCGGCGUUUGUCUGCAGACAGAUUUUCUGGGUCAUGUGGCCAAAACAUUGGAAAUCACAACUAAGAUUGUCCUCAAUUAUCAGUUGACGCUCUUGCUCUCAUUUUGAAAAGCUAUCUAUCCAUAUUCUGCAAAUAAAAUAAUAAUAUUUUGAUACUGUACUAUAUUACACUGAAAU